GUGGCCCAGCCCGCUCCGCCGCUCCGCUGCUGCUGCUGCUGCUGCUGCUGCUGCUGCUGCUGCUGCCCCGACGGCUCCGCCGCCGCCGCCAUGGCGUCGGACUCGGAUACCGAGGAGCUCUUCUACGACGCCUCCGAGGACGUCGCCCAGCACGGCGGGAGCCCCUCGGCGUCGCCAACGAAAGUCACGGGGACGUCAGCACUGAAGGAGCCGGACGGAGGUUCUCUGGUGGACGAGCAUGAAGGAGGGAAAGACCUGGACAUCAAGCAGGACGACCCCAAAAAGAUCAUUGACCACAUCAUAGAAGAAAGCCAGAAAGCCAAUCGGCUGGAGGAUGACCGCUUGGCCCCUCCCGAAAAGGAACUGACCCACCCCUCGUCUCACGCAAACCCUUGGGUCUCCGGAGCGGAUCUCCUCCAACACAUUCCCAAACUCUUAAUCGCAGAAGCCCCAACGCAAGGGCCCCGCGAAGCCCCCGAGGGUCUGGCCAACGGCGUGACGUCCCAGGAGGCCUCGCCGCCUUCCAGCAACGAGGGGGCAGAUCACCCCAGAGGGGAAGAUGGCGUCAUCUCCGCAGGAAGCCCAAGCGAGAGCCAAAAGCAAAAAGCCGAUGGAGGAGACCCGGCAGGAGAGGAGGAGGAGGAGGACGAAGGCCACCAGACCGCCGACCUGAGGCUGCCAGAUGGCUUCGACCAGGUCCCGUCCUCCGAUCCCCCACUGCCCCAAGGCUCCUCGGCCACCGACGAGCCGCCUCCAGCCAAACCCCCCCGGCAGCUAACCAUGGAGCCGGAUAUUGUGGCUAGCACGAAGAAGUCUGGCCCGGCCAGGCCCCCGCCUCCCGUGGCCCUCCCGCCCCCCAGGCCACCACCCCCUGCCCGGCCGGCCCCCCCACCGAGGAAGAAAAAGAGCGACUCGGAAAUCGAGACCGGCAAGAUUCCCGGCCUGGAAGUUCCUCGGGAUCCUUUUCCCCUCGGCGGCCUCCUGACCCCCAACGCCUCCCUGGACGCCAUGGCCAAAGACUCUCAGCCUUCCCUGGACCUGGCGAGCGCCACCAGCGGCGAUAAAGUGGUCACUGCUCAGGAGAACGGGAAAUCGGCAGACGGUCAGGUGGUGUUGAGCGAAGUGAUCGGACCCCAGAGACCCAGAUCGAACUCGGGGCGAGAACUCACAGACGAGGAAAUCCUGGCCAGCGUCAUGAUCAAGAACCUGGACACGGGCGAGGAGAUACCCCUGAGCCUGGCGGAGGAAAAGCUGCCCACGGGCAUCAACCCCCUAACAUUGCAUAUCAUGCGACGGACGAAGGAAUACGUCAGUAACGACGGGGCCCAGUCGGAUGAUGAAGACAAAAUGCAGCUGCAGCAGAGCGACACCGAUGGGGGCCGUUUGAAACAGAAAACGACGCAGCUGAAGAAAUUCCUGGGCAAAUCGGUCAAGAGGGCUCGUCAUCUGGCCGAAGAGUACGGAGAACGGGCCGUCAACAAAGUGAAGAGCGUUCGAGACGAAGUCUUCCACACGGAUCAAGACGACCCGUCGUCCAGCGAUGACGAGGGCAUGCCGUACACCCGGCCGGUGAAAUUCAAAGCCGCCCACGGCUUCAAGGGGCCCUACGACUUCGAGCAAGUGAAGGUCGUGCAGGAUCUCAGCGGGGAGCACAUGGGGGCCGUCUGGACCAUGAAGUUUUCGCACUGCGGCCGGCUGCUGGCCUCCGCGGGCCAGGACAAUCUCGUGCGCAUCUGGGUGCUGAAAACAGCGUUUGAUUAUUUCAACAACAUGAGGAUGAAGUACAACUCGGAAGGCCGCGUCUCCCCCUCCCCGUCCCAAGAAAGUUUGAACUCAGCCAAGUCGGAUAACGAUAUGGGGGUGUGCAGUGGGACCGACGAAGACGCCGAUGACAAGAGCACGCCGUUUCGGCAGCGGCCGUUCUGCAAAUACAAAGGCCACACGGCGGAUCUCCUGGAUUUGUCCUGGUCGAAAAAUUACUUCCUACUCUCCUCAUCCAUGGAUAAGACCGUCCGGCUCUGGCACAUAUCCCCGGAAUGCCUCUGCUGCUUCCAGCACAUCGACUUUGUCACUGCGAUCGCCUUCCAUCCUAGGGAUGACAGAUACUUCUUAAGCGGCUCGCUGGACGGCAAACUUCGGCUCUGGAACAUCCCUGACAAAAAAGUGGCCCUUUGGAACGAGGUGGACGGACAGACCAAGCUGAUCACUGCGGCAAACUUUUGCCAGAAUGGCAAAUACGCCGUGAUCGGCACCUACGACGGGCGGUGUAUCUUCUACGACACAGAGCAUCUCAAGUAUCACACUCAAAUCCACGUGAGGUCAACCAGAGGACGGAAUCGAGUGGGGAGGAAGAUCACGGUCGAGCCCCUGCCGGGUGAAAACAAGAUCCUGGUGACCUCCAACGACUCGCGCAUCAGGCUCUACGAUCUGCGGGACCUGUCUCUCUCCAUGAAGUACAAGGGUUACGUCAACAGCAGCAGCCAGAUCAAAGCCAGCUUCAGCCACGACUUCACCUACAUCGUGAGCGGCUCGGAAGACAAAUACGUCUACAUCUGGAGCACCUACCACGACCUGAGCAAAUUCCUCCUCCGUCAGGAGAAUCGCAAUGACUUCUGGGAAGGGGUCAAAGCGCACAACGCUGUGGUCACCUCCGCCAUUUUCGCCCCGAACCCCAGCCUGAUGGUCUCCUCCGAAACACCCGAGAAGCCCCCAGGAGAAAGCAAGAGCGAAGAUUCAGGGGCUGCAGACCCUAUUCCUUCCUGCGCCUUGAAGGCGGACCACACCGAGGUGCUUCUCUCGGCUGAUUUCACCGGAGCCAUCAAAGUCUUUAUCAACAAGAAGAAGAUCUCUCUUGAAGAGCCGCCGGUAACUCCGCAACCUUGCCAUCAUGGUACCCGAGUGUGAAUUUUGUGCUUGGUGACGCAGCGUAUAUAAUCUCGCGCUGGAGGUUGGCUUAGCGUUGAAUUCCUUCGUUAAGGCUGCUGCACUUGGAGCUCCCGAAAAAAAGCAGCCUCUCUCCCUCUCCUCCCCUCCUCUUAAAGCCCCUCACCCUCCCCAGCCGCUUUUAGAUUAGAAAGGGAAGAGCGCCAGCAGCCUCUCUCAAAACGCGACAAACCAGCCUUCGCGGUUUCCGAAUAAUUCCGCUGCUAUGUCGAUGCGCCCGGAGGCGGAAUAAUCUCGCACGAAAAGUACGGCGAAGACAUUUGCCCGCAGAGAUGUUCCUUUCGGGAGGCGGGGGGGGGGGUCGCCCAGGAACAGUUUUGCACAGGUGAAAAUUUAGUUGAUUCCGUGGCCGCCACACCCCCCACCUCCGAUACUUUGCAAUUGCACAAAGUAAAUGCCCUCCCCGCCCCGGAAUCCCGCCCUCUGCAAAAGCGGAUCUAUUUUUUAAUUCCCGUAACCGAGCUGCAUUUCUGGCCAGAACCUUUUUAAGUUCCGUGAGAUCGAUCCUCUCUUCGAAUCCUGACCCCGCAGAUGGAUUUAGCGCAAUCUCGUUUCGGUGUUUUAUAACGUGGACUUCUGUGGUCUUCUCACUGUUGUGCCCCCCCCUCGGCCCCCGAUUCUGUUCUGUUCCCCUUUUUUUGCACACUGGAGCACAAUAUUUCUACGAAAAGAGUUUUCUCAUUCCUUAAUCCCCAGGCACAGGGGGAGUAUAGUACGGUCACUUUAAAGCGACUUAAAAAGCUGCAUUAGGAACAAUUCUUAUAUUUUACAAGCGCUGUAAAAUAAAAAACUGUUUACAUAUUUUAAAAAAAGAUACUGUAGUUUUAAGUUUUUUGUUUUUUUUGUUAUCCUUGUUUAGAGUUAAAACUGAAUUUCCAAGGCUUUGUAAAUAUUUGUAAAACAAGAACCAAUGACGCACCUUUUCCGCAGGGGUGGGGGUGUGAAAAACCUGCAAGGAAGGUUGUUGAGGGUGGCAGCUGCUUAAGAAAACAAAGGAUGUGUUAUUAAAAAUGGGUCACACUGAGAAAAA